AACACAGUGGGAGUUGUUGUGCUUCAUCAGAAUAAAACGAGGAUAAAGACAGAGGGGCCCGUGUGCCAUGUGCAGUAUUUACAUAAUCUCCUUGUAAAAUGAGCUAUUUUGCCUGUCUAAUCAGGUUUUAUACGACUGCAGAUCCACUCAAGCGUUAUAAUAUAAAGAUAUAACAUUUUAAAUUCAGUAUUUACUUUUAUAUAAAUUUUAAGCGUGAGAAAAACUUUAUGAAUUUGCCGCAGCUCUUAUUUUCGAGGGGUACGUUUGUCUUUCAGCGCACAAACUAAGAGGAGCGACCGUCUAAAUUCAGGAGGAGAAAGAAAGCAAAGUUAGCGACGCUAUUUUCAGCCCGGUGCCAUUUACUUGUUUCCCUCGCGUUAUCUGGCAACCCCGAGCUAACUGCGACAGCGCCAAUGGCAGCAAAACAGAACUGUUAGAAGCGAGGAGGAUGACAGCAACAAGGUGAGAGGAGAUGAYGAAGAGGAUGAGCGCCGUCUGAAGCCAACCAUGGCAGCGAGGAACGUGGUUGUGCUAAUGGACUUUUAAGCAGGAUUACAUAGUUCAAUUUGUCUGCUGAAAAGGGGAAGAACAUCCAUUUCGACCUGYGUAACGAGUCUCGACACCAAGUAUGAUUCCUUGGCAGCGGCGGAGGUGAGGAAGCAUGGCGCGGAAAGCUGAGGCGCCGAGACGGCCGUGAUGACGGCAUGGUCCAUGGUGGAGAAGCUCAAAAUGGAAAAACGCCCAUGCAGGGAGCAGAACAUUGACUCAAGAGAGGCCCAGCAUGCCACGGACGAGUCCGAGGACGGAAGCAGCUCCGAGAGCGAGUCGGAGGAGCACCAGUGGCGGCGGCAGCAGCAGCCCCACAGGGCUCAGCUGGGCAACAGCAGCUGCAGGAAGAGGGAGCCCCUUGCUGUCACCAAACCCCACCGCCAGCUCUGCCGCUCUCCGUGCCUCGACCGGCCCAGCUUUUCCCAAAGUAGCACCCUGCAAGACUUUCGCGACGACGACUCCAGCAGCGGCAGUGCCGGYGCCGCGUCAGGCCUCAAGCCCGCCAGCGGAAGGGAGUACCAAACCAAGAUGGAGUUUGCUUUGAAGCUGGGCUACUCCGGAGACCAGGUGGAGACGGUGCUCAACAAGUUGGGGGCCACGGCGCUCAUCAACGACGUUCUCGCCGAGUUGGUCCGCCUCGGGAAUAAAGCGGAGCACGAAGCUCAACCCUGCAGCGCCGCCGCCCCGUCAACGUCACGGCCCCCCUGUGUGAAAGAGACCGUCAGUCCGGAAGUUUCAGUAGAAGAAGAAUCCAUGGAUACGUACGAUAACCUUCGACCCAUCGUCAUCGAUGGGUCUAACGUGGCGAUGAGCCAUGGGAACAAGGAGGUUUUCUCUUGUCGCGGUAUCCAGCUGGCGGUCGAGUGGUUUCGAGAGAAAGGGCACAAAGACAUCACUGUGUUUGUUCCCGCCUGGAGGAAGGAGCAGUCGAGGCCCGACUCCCUCAUCACAGAUCAAGAAAUCUUGCGCAAACUGGAGAAAGAGAAGAUCCUGGUUUUUACCCCGUCUCGAAGAGUCCAGGGCAGGAGAGUGGUGUGCUACGAUGAUCGCUUCAUAGUGAAGCUGGCUUACGAUUCUGAUGGAAUUAUUGUGUCAAAUGACAACUACAGGGACUUGCAAAAUGAGAAGCCAGAGUGGAAAAAAUUUAUAGAAGAGCGCCUCCUGAUGUAUUCAUUUGUCAAUGACAAGUUUAUGCCACCUGAUGAUCCGCUGGGAAGACAUGGGCCGAGCUUAGAAAACUUCCUCCGCAAGAAGCCUGUGGUUCCAGAGCACAAAAAGCAGCCUUGCCCUUAUGGAAAAAAGUGCACGUAUGGUCAUAAGUGCAAAUACUACCAUCCGGAGCGCGUGAACCAACCACAGCGAUCCGUGGCCGACGAGCUGCGAGCCUUCGCCAAACUGUCUGCGGUAAAAACGAUGAGCGAAGGGGCUUUGGCUAAAUGUGGUACAGGUCCAGCCRCCGUUAAGGGGGACGUCGGCUCCGAAGCGAAACGCGUGGCGCCUAAACGCCAGUCCGACCCCAGCAUCCGCUCGGUGGCUUGCGAACCCGUAGAGGCGCUCUCCGUCGCCCGGAAGUCCGAGACGAAUUCAGUGCCUUCCCUCGUGUCAGCUCUCAGCGUGCCCACCAUGCAGCCCGCCAAGAGCCACGCAGCCGGGGCGUUAAACACCCGCUCAGCCAGCAGCCCCGUUCCAGGCUCUCUGCAGUUUGCACACAACUCUCUAGAGCACAUGUCCAGCAUACARUACCCCCCCAUUUUAGUCACCAACAGCCACGGCGCCUCCGUGACGUACAGCGAACAGUUCCCCAAGUACGACUCGGUCAGCGACCACGGAUACUACUCGCUCCACAGCGAUUUCUCCAACAUGAGCAUGAGCAGCAUGCACAACGUGGACAGUUUCUGUAGCAUGGAGCACGAGCAUGUGUACCAGAGAACCCCCAGCCACUGCCCCGAGUCCUGCCUCAGCCACUCCAACAGCGACUCGUUCUCCUCCUACGGGGAGCUGUACCCGAGCUCCGUGGACAGCAGCCUGGAGGAGAGCAUCAAGGGGCAGCAGCAGGCUCCGGCGCAGGCGAGGAUGAAGGCCUUCUCCCAUGGGUUUCGCCAYGACGCGCUCACCAGAGUCCAGAGUUACGGACAGGAGGAACCUAAGCAAGGUCCUCGCAAGCAGUCCGGGGCGCACCUCGCACCUCACAUCCAGCACGUCACGGUGGGAGCCCGCUCCUCCUGUCCUGGAGACUACCCGCUCGCCCAGAACGUCCUGCCGCCAUUGUCCUCGCAGCCGACGCGGUCUCUAGGGAUGACGCGCAUGGACAGCAUAUCGGACUCUCGGCUGUACGACAGCAACCCGAUGAGGCAGAGGCGGCCGCCGCUGUGCCGCGAGCAGCACGCGAGCUGGGACCCCCUGCCCUGCGGCAACGAGUCCUACGGAUAUCACUCGUAUCCGCUCAGUAACAGCCUGAUGCCGUGUUGCGAGCGGGUGAUGGUCCGCAGCAUGCCAGACAAAAUGGAGCAAAUCUGGAACUCACCGUGGGAGAACCUGUCCGCGGCCGAGCACCAAGAGCGGUACGUCAUUCCAGAUCACCAGUACCAAACAUACAGGAACCUCUGCAACAUCUUCCCCGUGUACAUCGUCCACUCKGUCAUGGAGAAGAACCCUCAUUUAACAGAUCCACAGCAGCUCGCAGCUGUGAUCGUCACAAAACUGAGGUCAUGCCACUGAGCAGCUUAUAGAGUAAAUGAGGAAUUUGAUCAGAGAUUAGGCAUUUAUUCGCUGUGGCUGCAUGUGCAGCUCUCAGGAGCUUCUUAUUCUGUCUUGUAUUGUUGGAAAUCGUGUGGAUCAGAUUAUAGGUCUACAAAAAAAUGGCAUAUAUUGGGGGGGUAAAAAAAAACAAACUAAUGGUAGAAGAUGUUUUUUUAUCUGAAGUGUAGUGUAGCCGAUAUGAAAAGUGGAACUCUUUUAAAGGAACUCAUUCAUAACGCUUUCACACUGCCUGAGCAGGAGCAGCAAAGCUACAUUUGUUCAGCGUCACUCAGUUUUAGAGAAUAUCUAACGGAGUGUUAAUACGUUUAAUAAGUAUUGAAUUUUUUUAAACAUUCACAUAGCAUUUCUUAUAUGUUUUGAAUGUACUCAUUAAAACAGAUUUGGUAGCUAUAAAUGCGGUGAUAUGCCUUAACCGUUGCCAAAUUAUGUCCAAUUACAACCAGAAACUUCAGUGUGUUUAUUGAAAAGUUAUGCGAUAUGCAAAGGUCUUUAGCCUCUUUUAAACUAAUAGCCCUAAAUAAAAUCCAGUGCAACCUGUUGCSUUCAGACGUGUCAAAAAGGUCGAAAAGCAUUCCCCUGAACACACCAUCUCCAUGGUGACAGCAUCAUUUUCUUCAGAGGGAGAAGGGAAGGUGGAUGGAUCUAAUGAUGGUGCAGUCCUUCAAGAAAACUGUAAAAAAGUAAUACUCGGAUAGAAGUAUGCUUUUCAGGAGGACAACAAUCUAAACAUUUAGCCAAAACUGCAAUGGUAGGAUUUAUAUGAAAGCAUAUUCUUGUGUUCGAAAAGGUCCMGUCAAAGUCCAGAUCUGAAUUCUAUUAAAAAUGUGUGGCAUAACUUGCUGUUCAUAUGCCCUACAUGUAAUCUGAACAAACUUGAGAUUGUUAAAAUUUUGCUUAUUCUUAUUAAACUGAGACUUAUUGCUAUAAUUCCAGUUAAAGAUGCUUCUGUUCACUAAGGGGGCUGAAUAAGUAUGCACACCACAGUAUUCACAUUUUUAUUUGUAAAUAAAUUUGUUUUUGCAUAAGCUGGUGUUGGCAUAUCAUGUCUAAACAACAAAAUGAAAGGUCUUGAGAAGCAAUUUGUCAAAUUUUCACAGCUCUCAGAAUACAACAACAAGUAGAAAGCGUUCCUUUCCUUUCUAUUCGUCAGUAUACAACUACAUUAAAGCUGCUGCUUUUAUAGAAAUGGUGAAGUCGGUUGUACUCUCCAAAGGUACUCUGUUUUCAUGGCAGUGGCAUGUUUUCCUCUGAUGUACUUCUGAGGAUGUUAAACUGCUAAAGGUGACGCAGCUCAGUCGCUGCAUCUCUUUCUUGAACUUUGCUACCUUAGCUAUAGCUUCUUCUCCAAUUGGCCUGGCGUUGUUGUUUCUUCUGCUUACGUUGCCAACGGGGCUAAAUGAAGAAUUGCUUGUUUAGCUCGCUGACUGUAAAUGGCCUCGAAGGUAACAAAAACCAAAUUGUGACUAAGCGUUGCAGAAACAUCCGUACUUACCGAGGCUUAUUGCGUGUGCAAAAGAAAGCAUUUUUAGAAGUAUUAAACUCCCUCUAAUAGUUAGGUUUAAUAAUUGAAAUGCUCUCGCUAUAUAUUAUUACUAUAUAUUAUUAUUUUAUGAAUUAGCUUGCUAGUUUAACCCUAAACAUGCUGGUCACAUGGCAACAAUUUGCUCGGCAACCCAUCUCGUCAAGGACACAUCUGUGUUUGUCCACAUGUAGCUUUCCUGAAGACGCUGCUCAGCCCCUGUGAACACGUUUUGUUUCUGGUGCAGUGGAACUAUAAAUAGUCUUGCUUUGCAAUGCCUCUGUUGUACAUAGUACUUGUGAUAUAUAAAUAUAUAUACAUAUA